AUUACACAAUGAUGCUUGCAGUGGAAGAUGUGUUGAGCGAGCUCGCUAGAGAAGAAAUAAACGAUAGAGGAUUGCCACCAGGCUUCCGGUUUCACCCGACGGACGAAGAGCUCAUAACAUUCUACUUAGCUUCCAAAGUCUUCCAUGGUGGUCUCUGUGGCAUACACAUCGCUGAAGUUGAUCUCAAUCGCUGCGAGCCUUGGGAACUUCCAGAAAUGGCAAAGAUGGGAGAGAGAGAGUGGUACUUUUACAGUCUAAGGGAUAGGAAGUAUCCGACGGGGCUAAGGACUAACAGAGCCACGACUGCUGGAUAUUGGAAGGCUACCGGAAAAGAUAAGGAGAUAUUUUCCGGCGGUGGUGGAGGAGCGCUUGUCGGGAUGAAGAAGACCCUUGUGUUCUACAAGGGAAGGGCUCCACGUGGCCUCAAGAGUAAGUGGGUCAUGCAUGAGUAUCGCUUCGAAACCGACCUUUCACACCGCCACACUUGUAAGGAGGAAUGGGUGAUCUGCAGAGUGUUUAACAAAACAGGAGACAGAAAGAAUGUUGGAAUCCAUAACCAAAUCAGCUACCUCCAUAACACUUCACUAUCAACAACGCAACAUCAUCAUCUUGAAACCUUGCCUCCUCUUCUUGAACCUUCUAAAGCCCUAACCAACUUUCCACCGCUACUCUACAAUGAUACACACCAAGAUUACAAUAAUGACCUACUCCAUGGAUCAUCAUGCCACAAAGUCGACGAGCUCAAAGCCCUAAUCAAUCAUGACGUGUCUCAGCUCAACGGAAUCAUCUUCUCUCAGGAAAACAAUAAAUACAACAACAACGAAGAUGACUACUUCGGCGUGAAGACCGAACAAUAUUCGAACGUUGGCAAUAACGAUCUUGAUGUACGAGAUUACUUGGAUAACCCUCUUUUCCAGGAAGCGGGUUACAGUCUGAUGGGUCUUACGUCUUCUCCUGGACCUCUUAUGCUAUAUUAGAUUCUCCAUAAUGUCAUUAGGUUUCCAGCUCUAGAAUCCAGGACUUUGGAUUAUAUAUUUGGUCUUUU